GUUGAUGACGGUGGCAGACAGCGCAAGUCAGUAGCUGAGUGCUGUAACUGGGAGGAGGGGUUCCUGCCAAGAUAAUAUAAUUUUCUGCGGCGACCUGCUCUGAAAAUACAGAAGAACAAUAGAGUCAUCGAAUGAAGCUAAGGUAGCGUGGAAGAUAUGUGAGCUACACGCGAACUGACGCCGAUUCAGAAACGUCUCUUAACAUUGUUUUGGAGGCCUGUUGCUAACUACGGGAAAUCCUCGGGCUAGCCCGGUAGACACCGGGCCGAGAGAGCGCAGAGGACCAGGACUGGAGUUCCGUGGGCUGGUUUGAUCGACCAGGUUUCACUGACACUACCUGCUCUGUCUUACUAUCACACCGUCAGACCUAGCCUCCCCUGCUCCUCCGUGGCGGAUAUAAAUCAGCGAAACUCAAGACGAUUUCAGUGUGACAGCUAGCUAACAUUAGCUCUCCUGUGUUUACAAGCUAACUCAGCCGAGGUCUACCGAAGAACUGAGCACUUAGGUGUGUUGUUUUCAGUUAGGAUUUGCAUAUUUGGCUCCUGCCACCUGGCUGCUUGCUGGUGGUGAUUUCUGAGCGUGUUGUACUUUCUGUCUAGGCCGACUGAAGGUCGCCAGCUCGGCUGUCAGAGCAAAAGGUCUCCUAGCUAAGGUUAUCACAUCUCCAGGCUUAUCUGCUGCAGCGCAAAGUUUGUUACCUAGUUGGACAAUAAGGACCAGCCUAGUUGCUCUUUCUCCACUGUCCCUAACUCUGGGAGCGUUGCAGAAAGUUAGAUAUAGUGUUAAGGAUUGAAGUCACAUAUUGAGUUUUAAUACAAAGAUUAACAGAGUUGACCGGAGGGAGUAGACCUUUACUGAUUUGAUUACCGAAGCUAUCUUUACCCAUUUGAGAGUCAGUAUCCCGGAUGAAGGCUCACAGAGAAGUGUGGAUUUUGAUGCUGUCGGGACUCACAGGUGUCACCUGUCCUGCUUGGCAUUAUUAAUCUCACACCAGCAACCAACAUCUGCUGCACCAGAAGCAACCGAUCUUCUGUCUUGCUCUCUUGAGCUGAUUUGCUCAGGAAGGAUCCUCUUCAUAGCAGACCAGAAUGAAUCGUUACCUGCCGGUGGCACGGCAGCACUUCCUGGCUGCCCUUGCCAGCACCAGUGUGGUGGUAAAAACUAUAAGCGCUGUGGUGGUACUCCUCUAUCUGUUGUCAUGGGCUGUCGACACUCCAUACGCGCUGGGGGUGACCCCGGGCUACCUCUUUCCGCCGAACUUCUGGGUGUGGACACUGGUGACCCAUGGGGUGGUAGAGCAGCAUGUCUGGGGCGUGGCAGCCAAUGUGGGGACAGUUAUGGCAUGUGGGCGCCUGCUAGAGCCUCUGUGGGGCGCUCUGGAGCUCCUGAUCUUUUUUGCAGUGGUUAAUGUAUCAGCAGGCCUCCUGGCAGGCCUCUCCUACCUCCUCACCUAUGUGGCCACCUUUGACCUGGACUUCCUGUUUGCUGUGCGGGUGCACGGAGCAGCCGGGUUCCUUGGAGGUGUCUUGGUGGCGCUGAAGCAGACCAUGGGGGAUACUACAGUGCUCAGAGUGCCACAGGUGAGACUCAAAGCAGCCCCAGCUUUGGUCCUCCUCCUCCUGGCCUUACUGCGCCUCUCUGGGCUGCUCGACAGCUCUGCCCCACUGGCUGCGUACAGCUACGGCGCCCUGUCCGGUUGGGUCUACCUGCGGUUCUACCAGAGGCACAGCCGGGGCCGCGGGGACAUGUCAGACCACUUUGCCUUUGCAAGUUUCUUCCCUGAGGCCCUGCAGCCAGUGGUGGGGCUGCUGGCAGGGCUGGUCCACUCCGCUCUGGUGAAGAUGAAGGUGUGCAGGAAGAUGGUGAAGAGAUACGACGUGGGGGCGCCCUCCUCCAUCACUAUCAGCCUGCCAGGGACAGACCCACAGGAUGCCGAGAGGAGGAGACAACUGGCCCUCAAAGCUCUGAAUGAACGUCUAAAGCGUGUGGAGGACCAGUCUGCCUGGCCCAGCAUGGACGAUGAGGAUGAUGACGACGAGGACGAGGUCAGAACUGACACACGGCCACUCCUCCCAGUUGGGCGUGAUCCCUCCUCCUCCACAUUGAGACCAGCAGGGGGACCUGUCGGCGCCUCCCUCGCCUCCACCUCCUCAUCCUCAAUGUCACAGAGCGGCGGAGCACCAUCCACAGGUGGAGCACAACACCCAGAGUCCAGCAUUAUCAGCUUCGAGGAUGCACCUUCUAGAUCGUAACAAAUAGAACGCACGUGUACAGAUAUGCACGCAAUUGUUCGUGUCACUGGCAAGUACUAGCAUUCAGCGUCUCUGGCUAGUAUACUAAUAUAUUCAGUGACAGUGAUUAGGCAUACACUCAGUAUCACACACAUUGACACACACAGCAUCUUUGACCAAUUCAUACACACAACCGUGCGCUCACAAACACUCUGUCAAUGUCAUCGUGAAGCCCAAAGGGUUGGUAACUGUACAGUGAUUUCAGUUCAGACAUUUUGGUUGUAAAUGCUCAGUGUAGUUGGGCAAAUUGGACACUCGAUUCUUCUCUUCCUUUCUGCAUACAACGAAAAUCAACCAGAAAAUUCUAUCUUGUCUUGACUCAGUCCCAACUUGCAGAGCUCUGUCCACUGCUUCACGUGUCUCUUUCUCUUGGUUUCUAAAUAAAUAACAACAUGGGUGUACAAUAAUCUUUUUGUAAGUCAUUUUCAGAGCAGCCAAAAUCUUUCUCUGAUUGCCUGCUACAAGAAAGCCGUCAAUGACAGAGACUCAUGCCGAAUUCUUGAUUCUUGAUGAAAGACUGACUCUAUGUGCACCGGGUUGAUAAGCCCAAAAAAAAAAUGGCUGCAAGUGACAUUAGCUUUUGGUUCAUUGGUUCCAAAUAUGUAACCAGGUGUGUUUCAGAGGAAAUAUGAAAAGCAUGUGCUCAGCACUAACUGCUGGACCAGAGGAACAAAGCUGCUGCAGGUCUGACCUGCUGAUGAACUGUGAUAUAAAACUUCAAGAGUUGAAGAAGUGCCAGGUGAAAGAAUUUUCCGAACCAGGUUCAUUUGCCGCCUGGUGUCUCUCGGGAACAGCAGGCAGAGGAAUGAACCAU